AACUAGUACAUCAUUUGAGAUUGAUUCCUGCCUUUGUGAUUGCAUUCCAUCGCCUACACUCUCUUAUCAAAAAGUUUGUUUAAUAAAUGUAAUUCGUUUUGAGUUCUAAACGGAUAUUUUCUUCACACCUCAUGAUUUUGUAGCCUCUACUUGUGAGAGGGAGUAAAACGUUACUCACACUGGCAUAAUUUCCAGAGGACUGUUUUUACUGAUACGCAGGAAGAAAAGUUUUGUGUAGCUCGACAGCUAACGUUUGUGUUUAGUUACCUUUAUUUCAUCAAACAUAUGAAUUAAUUGUAACGUAAGGAGUUUAAUGUAUGAGUUUAUUGAAUGAAUAUUAGUUUAUCGUAAAUGUUGUCAAUCGUGUUGUGUCAUUAACUUACUGAACGUAACUACAGUUCAAGGCACAGCCAGUAACGCUAACUGCUGAGGUUGCGAAAGGAGCAGAUAGCUAGCUAACUACCAGUCAUGGCAGACUCGAGCAACAACCACCCGAAGACAUUAAAUUUUAAUGUGGGGGUACUUGGGCAUGUCGACAGCGGGAAGACAUCGCUUGCCAGGGCGCUCAGCAGCACAGCGUCCACGGCUGCCUUUGACAAGAACCCCCAGUCCCGAGAGAGAGGCAUCACUCUGGAUCUCGGCUUCUCCUCCUUCAACGUGGACCUCCCCGAGCAGCUGCGGGAGGACCCCGGGGGCCACGGCUACGACAACCUGCAGUUCACGCUGGUGGACUGUCCUGGACACGCGUCCCUCAUUCGCACCAUCAUUGGGGGGGCUCAAAUCAUAGACUUGAUGAUGCUGGUGGUAGACGUGGUGAAGGGGAUCCAGACCCAGACAGCAGAGUGUCUGCUGAUAGGAGAGCUGACCUGCCCCCGCAUGGUGGUCAUUCUCAACAAGACUGACCUGCUGCCGCCCAACAAGAGACAGACCGCCAUCGACAAGAUGACCAAGAGACUGCACAAGACACUGGAGAACACCAGAUUUAAAGACUGUCCUGUGAUUGCCUUGUCAGCAAAGCCUGGGGGUCCUGAGGCCCCUGAAACAGAGGAGCCCCAUGGAGUGCCUGAGUUAAUAGAGUUGUUGAAGAGCCAGACGUACCUCCCUCACAGAGAUCCGGGGGGAGCUCUGCUGAUGGCUGUGGACCACUGCUUCUCCAUCCGUGGUCAGGGCACAGUCAUGACCGGAACCAUCCUACAGGGGGCGCUGGCUGUCAAUGACACUGUGGAGAUCCCUGCGCUCAAGGUGACCAAGAAAGUGAAGUCAGUUCAGAUGUUCCGGCGGCCGGUGACCGGGGCCAUGCAGGGUGACCGGGUGGGCGUGUGUGUGACCCAGUUUGACCCUAAACUGCUAGAACGGGGGGUGGUGUGUACCCCUGGUUCCCUACACACCCUCCACGCAGCCAUCAUCUCUGUCAGAAAGAUUGGCUACUUCAAGGGUUCCCUGGCCACCCGUGCCAAGUUCCACAUCACCGUGGGACAUGAGACUGUCAUGGCCAGGGUCACCUUCUUCGGUCUGCCCCCUGGAGAGACCCACCAGGCCUCCACCACGGACCCCCAGCUACCCACCUCAGACCCCCACGCCUCUGAGCCAGACCUUAGACCCCUGGACACACCCUUCUCUUUUGACCGGGAGUACUUCCACCAGGAUGAGUAUGUGAUUGGCCAACGGGAGGCCGGCGGGGCGGGACAAGACCCGGAGCAGUGGGCGCUGCUGGAGUUUGAGCAUCCGGUCACAUGUCCCACUCUUUGCCUAGUGAUUGGCUCCAAGCUGGAUACAGACAUUCACGCCAACGUGUGCCGACUGGCGUUCCAGGGGCGUCUGCUGGAGGGUUUUGAGGAGAAGAGCUACUCUGAGACUACACUACUCAGACUACGUAUCUACAAGACCAAACACAAGGAGGGACAGGUGGAGAGGGUGACAGACGACUACACUGUGAUUGGCCGAAAUCUCUUCAAGAAGGAGACCAACCUGCAGUUGUUUGUGGGGUUAAAGGUCACGCUGUCGACCGGCGAGGAGGGGGUCAUCGAGGGCGGCUUCGGACAGAGCGGGAAGUUUAAGAUCCGGGUGCCAGAGGGUCUCAGUCUAGAGACUAAGCAGCUCCUCUCCUCCUCUGCCAAGAAGAGAGUUAAGGGUGGUGCUAAGGGGGAACCAGCCAAAGAGGAUGAUGCCAAGACAGACUCUCAGCCAAUCUGCAUCAACCUCCGAUUCAAGAGAUACGUCUUUGACCCCCACAAGAAGAUGGUUCAGAGCUGACCUCUGCAGCAGCUAUAGGAUGAUACCUGUGAUGUCGUGUAAAAACAAAAAUGUUGCUUAAAAGCUGAUCACCGUUCAUGGGGAAAGUAUUGCUCACUAUAUUUUCAAUGCAUUUUUCUGCGAUCGUCACAGCCGUCUAAGGCACUGCAUCUCAGUGCAAGAAGCGUCACUACAGUCCCUGGUUCGAUUACAGGCUGUAUCACAUCCGGACGUGAUUGGGAGUCCCAUCGGGCUGCUCACAAUUGGCC